AUGACAAACAUUAUAGAAUGUACGUUCAAAACACCACCAGAUAGCGCUAAAACACCAGACAAUGCUGUUAUAUGGAACCAAUUUCAAUAUUGUGAUGAGAAAGGAUGGUAUUCACUAUCAAAUCAUGAUGAAAUUGCUUUGAGACCUACUAUCUUUAAUGAUAAGAGAAUUAAAUUUUUAGUUCAACUACCUGAGAUUCCCUCAGAAUUUGAAUCUAUAUUAUCAGGAAGAUAUGAUGCAAAGGCCUGGGGAAAAGAGGAUUGUUAUGUAGUCAUCGAAGGUGAAAAAGAUGUUCACAUUAGACUUCCUGGAUUUAAAGAAAAGAUCAAUUACAAUCACACAGAAAGAUUUCCUACGUUUUUAAAAAAUUGGAAAAUUAUUGUUAGUAUAUUGAAUGAACAUGUUACAUUGAUACGUAUAAAUGCAGAAACAGCACUUAUUAUAAAUAUAAAUGAAAAGAAAAAUGUAACUGUCAAAUCUGUAGACUUCAAUAAUGGUUUCUUAUGUGUUAAUCCACAUUCUAAUUUAGCAAUUGCAUACGGAGAUUUUGCUUUGAGCUCAUUGAAAAAAUGCGAACUAAUUCCAAAUAUCCCACACGAAGGAGGGAAAUGGGGAUUCUUUGCUCAUUUAUUUAAAUGGGGACAUAUUAUUAUACCAAAAGAAUUAGAAAUUAAAUUACCUUCUCCAGGAUUAAAAUUAAUUGGAAAAAAAAUUGAUACCCUUGCAAUUGUAUCUAUUCCUCCAAAUAUUCACAUACAUGUAAAACUUGACGGACCAAAAUGUAUAAGAAAAUUAGAAUAUGGUCAAGAUUAUAACAUUACAGCUAUUAAAAGCAGUGAAUCGGAUGUAGAUAUAUACAUCCUUUUUGAUGGACAGUUAUUAAAAUAUGAAUUUUCUUUUGAUAUCAGAUUGAAUAAACCCGAAAAAGGAAGAUCUAUUCAUGCAGCAAAAUUAAAAUGCAUAAAUAAAAGUAAAGAAGUUACUUCUUUUAUAUUUCAAGAAACUAAAAAUUGUAAAAUAUUGUUAGGUUCUAAUUGUCCCAGUGAUAAUCUUGGUCAUCUAUUAAAUGCUCAAACGAUAGCCAUUUUUGAUGCAGAAGUUGGAGAAUACUUAAGUCACCCACAAGGUCUUCAAUUAACCAGUGUGUUCAAUACUUUGUCAUAUCCAUUGGACAAGGAAUAA